AUGUCCAAGCUCGUCGUCGUCGUUGGAGCCACCGGUGGUCAAGGCGGAGGAGUGGUGUCGGCAUUCCUCGAGGACCCCACGUUCAAAGUCCGCGGCAUCACCAGAAAUGUCGACAGCAGCAAGGCCAAAGGACUCACUGCAAGGGGGGUUGAGAUGGUCCAAGCAGACAUCAACGACCAAGCCAGCCUCGACCGAGCUUUCCAAGGCGCCCACAUCAUCUUCGCCGUCACCGAUUACUACGAACAUUUCUUCAAGCACGGCAAGGAUGUUGCCAUGGAGACCGAAACACAAUACGGCACGAACCUGGCCAAAGCUGCGGCCAAGGUCCCAACGCUCGAGCGGUACAUCUGGAGCACGCUGCCCCUGACUAGCGCCCUCUCGCAGGGCAAGGCCGUCGUGCCGCACUUCGAAGGAAAAGGCCGCGUCGACGCUUUCAUCAAGCACAACCUGCCCGAGCUCUACAAGAAAACAGUGUUCUGCAUCUUCACCAUCUUUGCGGAAAACCUGACCGCGUACCCGAUUUUCAAGCCUGUGUGGCUGGAGUCGGCGCAGAAAUGGAUCCAGUUCUACCCAACAAGCCCCGACGCUCCGUACGCGUCCGUGGGCGACCACCGCACGAACACAGGCGUCUUCGUCCGAUCGAUUGUCCGCAACCCUCCUCCCCAGCUGGGAACAUACGUAAAGUGUGGUGUUGAAGAGUUGACUCUCGAGUCGAUGCUGGCGCUCUGGGGUCGUGCCAGUGGAAAGGCGCCCACCCCUGGAUCCACGAAGGUCGUGCAGGUCUCGGUCAAACAGUAUGUGGAGUUGUUCGGGGCGAUGGGAGAAGAGCAGGCCAGCCAGUGGGUUUUCUUCGAGUGGAUGAAGGAGGCUGGGGUUAGCACGAUUCCUGGAGUGACGAUGAUGGACGUGCAGGAGCUGAUGUCGGAUGAGGAGAAGCGGAAGCUGGUUGGCACGGAGCAGGCGUUGCGGGGGAUGGAUUGGACGGAUUUUUAG